AAAUGGGGGGGGGGGAGCCCGAUUGAAUCAAAUCUGAUGAGACUUGUUUGAUCGUACCAUCAGAUCUGAGCAGAUUUGAACAUCCACAGAAUCCAAUUUGAUUACAUAUGUGAUUUGAUCAUCUAAUCUGAUUGUUUUAAUCGUAUUUGACUGCUCAGACCUGAUCAAAUCCGACAAUAAAUUCUCAGAUCAGAUCCAGACAUUCCCCGCGCCCAACUUGAUCAGGUCUGGUAAGAGAGAGACCUGAUUAUAUCAGAUUUCAUCAGAACUGUUGAAUGGGAUCCAAUCCGACUUGAUCAGGUCACUGCGUUGAAGUUGAAGACGACGAGUUCCAGGACAUGGUUACAAAUAAAGCUGACGAAGAAUACGACGGAGCAAGCAUAAAGAAAUGUCUCGAGAAGACAAACAGUGAAGAAUUAUUUCAAGAAUACGUUAAUUCUGCAGAAUCAAACCAAAAUACUAAUCGAAAGCCUCAAGAGGCAUUCGAUAUUGUUGAGACAGCAUCAGGAAAAAAUUUAAAGUUAUCUCAGACUCCAGCAAUGAAGUUUUUCAGAGGAGCUUGUAUUAAAUUGGACUUCAAACCCAUUGAAUUUUAUUCUUUGAACGAUGAAAAAGAAAAAGCAGAAACGGUGCAAUGUUUGGCAAAAUGUGUCAAUAAAUUCUUAUUCAGAAUUAAAUACGCGUUGAAUAUUGCGAGAGACGAAGCCAUAAAGGCAUCAUCAAAUAAACUGACUCUUGAACCCACAGAGACAUCAUCAUAUAGACUGAUUCUGAAUAAUAAUGAUAAAAUUCAAAUGGUAGAAAAAAUUCCAAAACCAUCAAGGGAAUUCACCUCAGAGGAAUUUUAUGCGGAACUCAAAAAAGCUAAUGAACCACUGAGUAUCGAUCCGAUCUCCCAAGUUGGAAAGGAAUACUUGAUCUCUUACAAUGAAUUAUACUACAAUUUAGAUAGGUACGUAGUCGAUUCGGUUCGGGAUUCUACUACAUUGAUACACAUCGACAUCAAUUUAUUAAAUAUGGGAGAAGUAUAUCAAGACUGUGCUAAAGUAGAAUGUGGCAUGGAUGAAGCCAGUACCCCAUUACUCGAUUUGAUGAGAUCUGCAACCAGAAAGUCCUCCAAUACAAUCUUAAAGUCGUUUGAAAAUGAUACAGAAGAAGUGAAGAAUUGGGUAGACAAACAUACAGGCGAUUGGCGAAAAUUUUGCCAAGCGUUGGUGAAGUACUAGACUAGUUAUGAUCAGGCACUCUGCCAAUUGCCAAAAAGAAAUCUCUCGUUUUUAAUCAAGCGUUAAUUAUGUAGUUUUUAUUAUUAGACCUAUCGUAAUUUUCAAGUAGGUACCUCAUCAGAUUUUUCUUUCUAUUUUCAUUAAAUAUGAUAUUAUUAUUUUUAUUAUUGCUAAUAAGUAAAUAUAGGUAGGUUUAAGUUAUAAAUAAGUUUAUUGUUAUAAAACUCAUCACCAAUCAGGUACCAUUUUAUACAUAGGUACCCACAUAUAAGAAUAAAUUCUUCAUUUUCAAAGCUCUAAGGA